CAGGCCACUCCGCUGACGUAUGACAACGUGUCCAGCAUCAUGUUCUUGAGGCCGGAGAUCUCGUGUGUAGGGAUGAAUGAGCAAGAGGCGCGUCGUCAGGGCAUUGCUCACCGCGUGGCUCGCGUAGGGUUUGCGCUGACCAACAGAGGCAUCAUCAACCGACCACAGUAUGCGGCUGAGUACUAUGCUGCGCCUAGUUCAGAGGAUAUGACGGGCGCAGAGAGUGUCAAACGGCGUUUGGAAUGGGGCGAGUCACGGCUGGAGCGAAGUGGCUUUGUGAAGAUGAUUGUCGCCGAUGACGACGAACACCCCACACUACUAGGUCUGCGUGUGGCUGGUGAGGGGUCGUCGUCGGUCAUUGAGGCUGCAGCAAUGUUAAUCCACGAGAAGGGCUCGUGCAUUCGCUUAGAGAAUGUACUGCAUCCUCACCCCUCUCUCAGCGAGGCCGUCCAGGACUGUGCGCGUAUGCUCAUGCGGAGGUCUAUCUACAAACCACACGUCUUCAGCUCGUGUUGGGUCAGGCGGUGGCUGCCAGCUGAGAGCGAGGACCAGGAACCCACCAUCGUAUCUCAGGGUCUGGUGCCGUCCUAUGGCUUUGAUGAGGAGGAUAUGAUGAACUAGACACAUGGCGCAGCACAAGCUUAGCCUCACCGUGUGUGUGUGACAGAUCCAGCCAACGCAUGGGCAGCCCUUUACGGGGUACAUAGUACAGGCCAACAUGCUGCAACGAGACACCUUCCUGUGUGCACAGGUACACGUGCUCUGCUACGAGGCUGUGGGAGAGGUUGUUGUAGCACUGUGCAUAGCGUGUAGAUAAGAAGCGCCACUCAUGAACACCCUCAGCACACGCCUAUGUGGGCUGUCAUGGACGCCUUCUCUCGCGCUAUGUGGUUAGGCAUUCUAGUACGAUGCAAGGACACUCAGAUGUGUGACGAAUGAACAUGUACGGAUGAGAGUAUGACCUCUAUCGGCAAGGGACUCUCCCUGGCCCAAUGCACAAGGCUAAGCAGCUAGCUGUUAGUGAUUAGUACUGAUAACGGUCACCAUGACAACGGAUGAAUUGCCGACGUAGACUGUAGUGUCUCUGAUAGUCGCUUCAUGAUGUAGAAAUGCAUAGCAAUAGGUAUAGGCAACUUGAAAUUAAACUGGCACAGGUAUUUAAAAUUGAACGG